AAUAGGUGCACUGAGCACGCAUAUAACCUUAGAAAAAGUGGCAUAGGCAGUGAAACUAUGAAUCCUCCAACCAUCCCUUUUUGGCUGCUAGUAGUACUGUUUUCUCUUAUUGGCUAUUGUAUUCACGUUGUCAUAACGAAUUUCAGCAAGCACAGGGCCAAGAAACUCCCUCCAGGACCUUCCCUAUUUCAAACCAUCGGUGUGUUCCGAACCAGUGAACCUUUCCACGCAUCACUUGCGAAAGUCUCUCAAACUUAUGGACCUCUAUUGUCAAUUAAGCUAGGAAGCAGAACAAUAAUAGUUGUUUCAUCACCGGAAAUUGCCAAAAAAUUUCUUCAUGAACAUGAUCUUGAGUUCUCUGUCAGAAUGCUUCCUGAUGCCGUCACAGCAUUUGACCACCAUAAAGUGUCUAUUUUCUGGUCACCACCACAAGGCUCCUGGCGCAUUCUUCGCAAAGUAUGCAAAGAACAUAUAUUUUCAUCAGAAAGACUCAAAGCUGGUCAAGGGCUCCGCCAAGAAAUGGUGCAGCAUCUGUGCAACUAUGUACAAGAAUGUUGUAUCAACGGGCAAGCUGUAAAUAUUGGUGAAGCUGCCUUCUCAACAUCUCUCAGCUUGAUGUGGAACACCUUCUUCUCGGUUGGUUUUGGACAAUCAGAUUCUAUCUCGUCCGAAGAAAUUAAAGAAACUGUAUGGAGUAUGAUGAAAACUUUUGGCAGUCCUAAUCUUGCGGACAUCUUUCCCAUCCUCAAAGCGAUAGAUCCCCAGCGUCUAAAGGGUCGAGCCAAGUUUUAUAUGGGAAAGCUGCUUGAUAUUAUUGAUGGUAUCAUACGCCGAAGAGUACAAGAAAGAGACGCAUCUCUCACUUAUACAAGGAAAAAUGACUUCUUGGAAACCCUCCUUGAUCUUAAUCAGCAAAAUGAAGCUGUAUUAAGUUACCAUAGCUUGAAACAUUUCCUUCUGGAUUUAUUCAUUGCAGGGUCAGAAACAAGUUCAACCACCGUGGAAUGGGCGAUGGCAGAGUUACUACGAAGUCCUGAAAUAAAAUCAAAAGCUAGAGAUGAGAUCGUGGAAAUUGUUGGAAAAAGUGAGCUCGUUCAAGAAUCAGAUAUCUCAAAUCUCCCUUACUUGCAAUCAUUAGUUAAAGAGACCUUUCGGCUUCACCCCGCUGGCCCCCUACUGCCUCGCAAAGCUGAGAGUGAUACAGAAAUCCAUGGCUACAUGGUGCCACAAAAUGCUGAAGUUUUGGUUAACUUGUGGGCUAUGGGCAGGGAUCCAAGCUUGUGGCCAAAUCCAAAUUCGUUCCUACCUGAACGAUUCAUGGACAGAAACAUUGAUGUGAAAGGCAAUCAUUUUGAGCUCCUUCCCUUUGGCACGGGAAGGAGAAUUUGUGCUGGACUGCCACUGGCUCAUAGGAUGGUGCACAUUAUGGUGGCUUCUUUGCUUCAUAAAUUUGAUUGGAAGCUUGAAGAAGAAAUCAAACCAGAGCAACUUGACAUGAGCGAAAAGUCUGCACUAACAUUACACAAGGCAGUGCCCCUUAGGGCCAUUCCUGUUAGAACCACAGUUUAAUGAUUGGUAUUUGAUAGGUUGGCAUCCUAUCUGUUUAAAUUUGAGGAAAGGAAUGUAAAUUUUAUCAUUAGAGUACCAAGAAAACACAAUAACAGUGGGACUAGACCACUUAAAGUACGUAUGCCUAUAAUAUGUGUACUUGAUAUAAAAAUGUGUUAGAUAUUUAGGUUUUGGUGUUUCUA